AUGUCCCAAUCCAUCCCUGGUGGCAACACCGCGGCCCAAGCGAUGUCUGCCAGAGGCCUGCCCGGCCCCACUGCGGCGACGGCCGGCACAGAGGCCAGGCCUCAGCCCGCGCGGAGAAAGCGGCCCGGCUGCGUCACACACAUCUCUGGGAGUGCGGGUCGCGCUUGUCCUCAGGCGGGUGGGCCGUGGUGGGGGCUGUUCAGAGCGACGGCGGGGGUUAGAGAGUCGCCCAACAACACUUGCAUGGAAGAGAGACGUCCCUCCCGGUAUCAGCCCCCGCGGCUGGCCCUUUCCCAGCCGCACAUCUUCAGGUCGCAAGAGAGCAAGAAACGAAGGAGGCCGGGAGACUGCGCCCGAUCCGUCGUCUCUGUCCAACGCGCCAAAAAAGACCGCUUACGCAGCCAAGGGGCGUCGAGAUCCUCCGCUCGCGGGUCUCGAGGACGUCGGGAUCGCCACAUGAGCGUCUGCGCUUGCUCAGCUGGAGGAAGCGAUCAACAUUCGCACGCGCCCUUCUUGUUUCGGGGUCUUGUUCUGAUCCGUGGGAGGGCGUGCAUGGCCUACUCGAGCCGAGGCCCCACACCCCCGCUCUCCCUUAGUCUGGUCGAUGGGGAGGGAUGGACGCGGCUGGUCAGCGGCCAGAGCCCCGGCGAGGACACGGUCCGAGCAAGGCCAUCGUUCGCCGCUGCGGGUUCAAGCCGCCCGGAACGCUCUAAGCCUCGCGAUCGGACGGGCGGGGGCCCGACCCGGACCCAUGGCGAUUGGAAUUCUGGCACGGAAACAAUAAAAAAUCAACUGAUUGCGCACUUAAAAUAA